CGCCUGCGCCGCCAGCUCCAGCAGCCCGGGGAGGCCCCAGCGCAGCGACCUUCCGGCCCAGAGCCCCGCACGCCUGGGUCCCGGGUCCGGCCGCUGGAGCGCUCGCUGCACCCGGUCCCCGGGCGGUAGGAGCCCCUUGCAGGGCAGCCCGGUCCCCGCCCCUGGGCUGUGCGCGGGGCCCCGCUGCGCCUUGGGGAGCCCGGAGCCCGGACUCCUGGGUUCUCUCCCGGCUCUGGGCGGGGAGCGGGGACUAGAGCUCACACCCAUGUCCCUGCCCAGCGCCAUGGGGAGGGCAGCUGCCCCAUACAGCUGCUGUGUUCUGGCCUCGGUGCUGGCGCCCAGGCUGGCUGCCCCUGCCCCUGCCCCCCGCUCAUCGUGCCGGGCCCUGCACACCACAGGUGCCACCCCCGCCGGCCACAACAAAUGGUCCAAGGUGAAGCACAUCAAGGGCCCGCGGGACGCCGAGCGCAGCCGGCUCUUCCAGAAACUCACCAUGCUGCUGCGCUUCGCUGUGAAAGAGGGGGGACCCAACCCUGAUCUCAACACCAACCUGGCCAACAUCAUCGAGCAGUGCCGGAGCAAGAGCAUGCCCAAAGCAUCCAUUGAGGCGGCUAUCAAGGGAGGGGACAAAGGGAAGAGCUCCUCGUACCUGCUCUACGAAGCCAGAGGCCCUGGGGGAUCUGCGCUGCUCAUUGAGGUGCUGACGAACAAUGCAAAGCGAGCCUACCAGGAUAUCCGGCUCAUCCUGAGCCGCAAUGGGGCACAGAUGUCCGAGGGGGCCCGGCACAGCUUUGACAAGAAGGGGGUGAUCACAGUCAGUGGGCAGGACCGUCAGCAGAGGCCAGUGGCCCUGGAGCAGGCCCUGGAGCUGGCGAUCGAGGCCGGGGCCCAGGACGUGUGGGAAGAAGAUGAGGAGGAGGAGCGAGCAGUUCUGAAGUUUGUGUGUGAGGUGCCAUCUCUGCACCGGGUGCGGGAGAAGCUGGACUCACGGGGGCUACAGUCGCUCUCCACUGCCCUGGAGUUCAUCCCCAAUGCCAGGGUGCGGCUGUCAGAUGAGGAGAUGGAGCGGGCAUCCCAGCUGCUGGCCACGCUGGGCGACUGCCAGGAGGUGAUCCGGGUCUACGACAACAUCGAGUAGGGGCCAGCGCAGGGGGGUAGCAGAUGGAAAUCCGCCCAGAUAGAUGGUGACCAGGCAUGUCGUUCCCAGCUUGGCCUAGUCCUGGCCUAAGAUCAGCCCAUAUGGAGGGCAACGGUUGACAGCCUGAGAUCCUCUCGUAUGGACGGCAACCUGUGUGUGGUUCACAAUUUGGCCUAGUCCAUUGGAUCAGGAGGCCCUGGGGCAACCAGUUCAGGACUCUGCCUCAUCCUGCCCUGGGAUUGGACCCCUGAACUCCACGUGGUUUAGGGCUCAGCCCAAGAUCGGGCUUAAUUUGAGAUUUCUUCCCAGGUUGAACCAUCCCCAUGGCUGUCGGGCCAUUAGUAACAGGUGCAGCUCUCUAGGUGUCAGCACUGGGUGCAGUCUGGCGGCCCUCUCAGGAGCAGAAGCCCUUGCUCCUGAGGAUGGGGCGUGUUCUCUGAGGCACCUUAUGGCUCUUAACUCCGUCCGCUGGGAUUCGUGACCUGAAUGCCUUGGCUCCCCUCUUGAAUCUGAUCCAGCAGGCCUUCUGCAGUAAGCAUGAUGUUCUGGCACGUCCCCCACCCCUUGCCUCUCUCCCACCGUGGUGGGUGGAGGGAGGGAGCUUCCUCUGCACCCAUGCAGCACCGAAUGCUCUGUGGAUAAAGAGUAACAGUGUGCCAAGGCGAUGACAACCUACGGACUUAACACCUCCCUGUUGUGUGACCCCCUGUUCGCACCCCCAGCAGGAGAACAAUAGGGAGUGCAUCCCACCCUCCAAAUGUACUGUCCAGGGCGGGCUGCCUUUCCCAUACACUGCUUAAUAAAUGGUUUGCUUGUCAGUGCUGGGAAGACUUUGUCCAUAACUUGGUUCUCACUAAAGUGUUGGUAUGUCCAUCCAAAUGUAAAUGCACCAGGAAGGGCAGAGGGUGCAGCAUUAGGAGAAGGGGGCCUUUUGGGGGUCACAGAGUAUGGGUGUUGAAUGAGCAGUUGACUGGCAGGUAAACGGGAUGGUGACAAACUGUUAAUGGUUCAAAAGAGCCACAAGAAUGAUUUGAGGUCUGGAAAAUCUGCUGUAUAGUGAGAGAGUGGAGGAGUAUUCUUCUAUUUAGUGAAGAGAAGGAUAAGAGGUGACAUGGUCUGUAAGCACCUAAAUGAGGAGGGAAUUGCUGAGAGCAGAAGGCUGUUUAAUUCCCAGACAAAGGCAGAGCAAAAUCCACAGGAUGGGAGCUGAAGGGAGAAAAAUUCAGGCUGGGAACAAGGGGCCAGUGUUUCUCAGGGAGGGGACUUCACCAUUGGAACAGCUUCCCUAUGAGGGGGUGGAUUUUCCAUCACUGGGAGUCUGUCAGUGGAGAUGGGGUGUCUCUUUUUCAAAGCCCCAGUCUAGCUCAGCCAGGAGUUAUUGGGUCAGAGGUGAUACCGCAAAGAUUCCCUAGACUUCAUUUUGUGUCCCUAGCUUCCAUUUUGAAUAGGCAAAAGUCACUCCACCAUUAGAAGCUGCAGUUCACAUGGUACUUCACUGCUGAAAGUAGGCCAAAAGGUCGAAAGUUCAGCGGAGGGAGGGAAGUGUGGAAUAGAAUUGGUAGAAAGCCGAAAAGGUGCAGAAUAACUCAGUGAUAAACAACUAGCAAUAAAUAUGCACCCUAAAGAUCUGAUAGCUGACAGGACAGUAUAAAAGGCAGAUGGUUAAGACUAUUCAAACAGUUAGGAGUGGAGUGAAUGAAAAGAUCGAGCAGAGAGGUGACCUGAAAGGGUGGAGCCAAAUGGAGUGAAGCAACCUGAAAAACCAGCAGCAGAGUCAACACAGCAAAAUCAGCAGAUAAAGUGAGUCUGUUAGUUACAAUUCUAGUAUAGCACAGUACAGUGUAGUAUUAAUAUGUGUGUGCGUGAGGAUGUAUGAGUGUUAAUUUUGCUUUAUAUAUGUAAAACUCAAAGUACAUUUUAAGAUUGCUGUGAGUGAUCUGUUGCAGACUGGCCAUCUGUAAUGGAGCGCAACCACUUAGAAUCAUUUAAACUGUAUACUAUUGCAGUUUAAAUGCUCUUUAACUUGUGUUAAUAAGGGAUUUGUGCCUUUAGAUUAUUAGUAUAUAAGGGAUUAUUAUUUUCACCAAUAAAAAGGAGCCUAGUUUUGGAAAGAA